AUGGUUUUUCACACUCAAAUAGCCUCCAUCAUGGAGGUUCUAGCGAAUGCAGCUGUGGCAGAGAUCUGUAAAGUCGUAGACGACGACUAUGCAGUGUUUCGUUUGGAAAUAACUCAAAGCCAGAAAGAAAACAGGACAUUGCGGAGGAAACUACAGCUAUUGGAACUGAAGGUGGUACGGGAGCGCGCAGAGAGGACAAUUAGAGAGCGCGUCCGCGCCAGUCGUCCCAGUAGUGUCAAGAUCCUCGACCAAUACAGAGGAAUGGCAAGAGGUGAAGGUCAUCUCACUGGAGGCUACAUGAGCUUUGUGAAGCCAGCGGGACACAAUACAUGGAGAGAUGACCAACCAAUCACUGUUGAUGAGGGAAGUGGAUCUUCAACCCAGCAUGUUAUUGUGAUAGAGUCUGCAGAGGCUUCUGGUUCUGGAGGAUCAUCUCAGGUCAAACAGGACAGGACUGAAGGAGACGACCCACGGCACAGCAGAGAUAUGAAGCUGGAGACUGGAGCAGCGGCUGGCGUGACGCCCCUUGUAGCCACGGAGGACCUCGCCACCAUGACCCAUCCAAGGACCCGACGCAGCAUCACGGAGGUCAAUGGAACGCUGGACGCUGUCCUCAAGUCAGAGACAGACACCAAUACUUUAACUGUAACACACAGGCUAUUACACACUAGAUCUGACCACAGGUCAGACCCAGAGAGACUGGGGCUGAGGCGACUGAGCUGUCCUCUUGCUCCCGGCUCAGAGUAUUUACUUUACGGUAACCCGAGCCAGAUUCAUUCCCAUCGGGACUCAGGUUACGCGUUAGAGACGGGAAAUGAUCCGUCUUGUUCCUACACAACAGAGAUGGACCCUGACAACAUGCCCUUGGAUUUAGAAACACAGAUUGAUCAGUCUAGAGGGGACUGGAAUCGGUACAGUAGUAGUGUAUACUCUGAAGGGUGCCUAGAUAAGAAAGGGGAGGUUAUAGUGGUAGAUGAGGUGAAAGUGGAGGGCGACGCUCCUCUGACAUGGAAUGUAGACGAUACUCACUUAGGGGAAGGACACUCACAGGGCAGAGAUUUGUUAGAUUACAGGGAAAGCUUAGAGACAAAUCCAAGCAUCGAGACCCACUCCCCUUUACAUGCGCUCAGGGAUCGCAACCCAUUGUCCAAGUCGAUGGACCAUUCCGAUUCACACAUUCUUUUUGAUCAGGUUUUGAACUCAAAUGACCAAGGGGCCAAGGUUUUGGGAGGUGAAGCAAGCAGUAGUAAAGAGAAGCGGUUCCUCUGCAUGUUCUGUAACAAAGGCUUCAGCUGCCUCCAGAAGGUGGAGAUCCACCAGAGGGUCCACACAGGGGUGAAACCCUUCAGCUGUACCCAGUGUCACAUGCGUUUCACCGAGGCUGGUAAACUGAAGAGGCACCAGAGGGUCCACACAGGGGAGAAACCCUUCAGCUGUGCCCAGUGUCAGAUGCGCUUCGCCCAGGCUGGGCACCUGAAGAGGCACCAGAGGGUCCACACAGGGGAGAAACCCUACAGCUGCCCCCAGUGUCACAUGCGCUUCGCCCAGGCUAGCAACCUGAAGAUGCACCUGAAGGUCCACACGGGAGAACGGCCGUUUGCCUGUACACACUGCGGGAAGAAGUUCUCAGAGAGGAGCUACCUCAGGAUACACCAGCAGAAAAACCAUUCCACUUGAUCGCUUCUGACAUGUAGAUCAAAUGCUGCAUUAAAUUCAAAGAUUAAUUUUCAUUGUUGUCAGCAGAAAAUAUCCGCAGAUGCAUUUUAAAAAUGUAUUUAUUUAUUUUACCUUUAUUUAACUAGGCAAGUCAGUUAAGAACAAAUUCUUAUCUUCAAUGACGGCCUAGGAACAGUGGGUUAACUGCCUGUUCAGGGGCAGAACGACAGAUUUGUACCUUGUCAGCUCGGGGGUUUGAACUUGCAACCUUCCGGUUACUAGUCCAACACUCUAACCACUAGGCUACCCCAUUUGGAAUAACGAGUAAUACAGAGGGGUUGGGUUAAAUGCAGAACACAUUUCAGUUGAAGGCAUUCAGUUGUACAACUGACUAGGUAUUCCCUUCCAUAAUAGAUUUCAGUGUUGAAUAUUCCUGGGUUGUAUAAUGCAUCCAGGCAUUUUGUGAUCUACAAGCCUUAAGUCUGUUGUAUAUUGUGUUUGUACUGUGUAAGCGAUAUGUUUAUAAAUGCCUAUUUCAUUACUUCCAACUACUUAAUGAGAAAAUGAAUGCAGUUUUAUCAAGUUCAUACAGAAUUUUUGUUGACAUGCAUGUGUGGUUUUUAUAUGGAGUAUUUAACACUUAAAUACACGUAACCAUAUACAGUUUGAAAAUGGCAAGAGUUGGGCACUAAUAAGCAAACAUUGGAACGUGGUAGCUGUAUAACACUGAAUGGGUAAGCGCUGUAUGGGUUUUGACUGAGGGAAAUGCAGUAAAUUAAGAUCACUCAAUGUUUAUGAUCACUAUGUUUGAUGUACAGUUACAAUAUGUCAUGUCGUCAUACCCUGGCUUCUUCUGAACAGACCGAGCUUAUGUUUGUUUAUUGUGAAGAAAACUCACCGCUGAACAUGCACCUGAAUGCACUCAUGACUCCCUUCGAUGCGCACCAAAAUUACGAAUCGUUUCUCUGAAUUACCUUGUGAAAGCCUAACAUUGUAAGAUCAUAUUUUAUAACUUAGCUAGUCAUGUUUGAACAAGCUUUCAGAUUAUGCCCACUUUACCCAGAUUGCGAUUUAUAAUGGACUGUUUUUGGAUUUCGUAAACGACAGUAAUUUGGUGGCGGGGAUGCAGGGUUGUGUUCUGAACAGAACAACUACACAUGUGUUUGCUUCCUCAACGGCACAGCUAUUUUCUACAUUGUAGAAUAAUAGUGAAGGUGUCAAAACUAUGAAAUAACACAUAUCAUGUAGUAACCAAAAAAGUGUUGAAGAUUCUUCAAAGUAGCCACCCUUUGCCUUGAUGACAACUUUGCACAGCUUUGCAAUUGUUUUUUCACCUUAAGUAACCUAUCUUAUGUUACCAUACCAACAUAACAUAUCAUACUAAUUUGAGUGACCUGGAUUUACUUUAACUCUGUUAUGUCUGGUCUAUGAGGCCAGUCUGGAGAUUGAUACCAUUUCAAAGCUUACAAACAUGGUUGUCAAACUAUUUGAUCAUUUCUUGAAAAAAAGUUAUGAAAAUUGUAAUUGUCUUAAUCUUUAACGUCAAUUAUCUAAAAUGCGUAUAAACCAAUUUAUAUUGGUUUAUAUUUAUUUAUGCUGCAGCAGAAAAAUAUUAGGGUGAGAGAUUUUAGUGCAGAACAUCUGCAGGGAGUUUUGAGAGAAGGGGCCAAAGUAGUGGGAUGGGGUGGUGGAUCUUUGGGGAUAGUGUAUAGGUGCAGGGUUAGAUCAUGGUGUAAUAUUCCCUUUUUUGUGACCAAAUGUGAAAACUGCACUCCGUUCUGUGAAAAACAGCAAUAUGCAACACAGCAUCUAGUCUGCCGGAAAUUCACAAAGAAGAAGAAGAAACAGAAAAGACAGUACACUAUUUACCAAAGAUUAUGGAUAUACUGACAAGAUACAUGUCUCUCUGCCCUAACAACGGGAGUAGUUGUUCACAAAGCGGCACUGCAGGCUGUCUAGCUCCCGCCUAUACUUUCUUUGAACUGGUGGAUACAUCUCAUUAUUGUAAUUAGGGAUGCACGAUAUUUCGGUAAGCAUAUCGGAACCGGCCUCUAUUAGCUAAAAAUGCCAACAUCGUCAUUGGCCCGAUGUCUAGUUUAAAGCCGAUGUGCAAAACCGAUGUCAAAACUGACGUGCAUACUUAUAUAACAUAGGUAGAUGAUGUAAAAUAUAGCGCAACACAGCAUUCCUAACCUAGCCCACAAUGUCUGCUGUGUGGAUCGAGCAGUCAACAAGAUGAGCAGUCAUUUGAAAGAGUAAGAACAUUUCAGCGAGACCACUCAAAGGUGAAAUCCAAUAACGCCAAGAUAAUGGAAUUCAUUGCCCUUGACAAUCAACCAUUCUCUAUCGUGGAUGAUGUUGACUUUCGCAGACUGGUCGAGCACCGGGACGCACCACCAAGUAGGCGUUAUUUUUCAGAUGUUGCCCUAGCGGAGUAACACAGUAUUGUUGAAACUCAUCUCCAUGAGCUACUUGCACUGCUAUUAGCUUCACGACUGACAUUUGGACCAGCGAUGUCAGCCGCAUUAUGAGUCUAACAGCACAGAGGAAAGCCGUAUUGCAUGCUCAAGAAUGUGCUGGUUCUCAUACUGCUGCUGCCAUUUCAAUGGCAUUUGAGAACAUGUUUGAAACUUGGAAACAUGAACACUCUGAGCUCCAUUCGAACAACUGACUCGAGAAAUAAGCCCAACUGCAUCUGCAGCAGACGUGAUACCCUGUCAUGGCAUUGAAACACCUGCUCAACAGAAAUGCCAACACAGAUCGUCAGGUUAACGAGGAAGAGAGGCCACGGACAGACAGAGCUGAAACAGCUUGACAUGUAUGAUGAAAUCCUGGUUGAGACUGAACAAAUGAACAACAAAACAGCACAGCAAGUAAGUGAAAGAAAUAGGUUUUGAUUAUGUUUUACUGGUAAUGGGGACAUGUAAAUGCCAAAAAAAUAACUAUUUGGUCAGUGUGUGUGUUUCAACUGUUUAACAGUACUAGAAUGCAUAAAAGGUAGCUAAAAAUGUUUAUCAGUUAUCGGUAUCGUUUUUUUGGAGCAAGGCAAAUAUUGGAUAUCGGUAUCGGCCAAAAAUGUCAUCAGUGCAUCCCUAAUUGUAAUCUUUAAAAAAAAAUAUUAAAUUAGGAUUGCAUUCAAUGGAGUGAGAUGCUAUGCUACUAGCCUCAUUCCAUGAAUAUGCAUAGCUAUCUCGGGACAACUCUAAUAUAGACGUAUACUAUGAUUCGGUGAGUGAGAUUAUAAGGAAGUGUAUAGGAGAUGUUGUACCCACUGUGACUAUUAAAAUAUACCCUAACCAGAAACUGGAUAGAUGGUAGCAUUCGCACGAAGCUGAAAGAGAGUACCACCGCAUUUAACCAGGGCAAGGCAACUGGGAAUGGCAGAAAAUAAACAGUAGUCAUAGCCUCCGCAAGGAAAUCAAACAAGAAAAAUGUCAGUAUAGAGACAAAGUAGAGUCAAUUCAACGGCUCAAACACGAGAUGUAUGUGUCUACAGAUUUAUUUAACCUUUAUUUACCUAGGCAAGUCCAGCCCCCUCCUGUACUCCCUGUUCACCCAUGACUGCGUGGUCAUGCACGCCUCCCAACUCAAUCAUCAAGUUUGCAGAUGACACAACAGUAGUAGGCUUGAUUACCAACAACGACGAGACAGCCUACAGGGAGGAGGUGAGGGCUCUUGGAAUGUGGUGUCAAGAAAACAACCUCUCACUUAACGUCAAGAAAACAAAGGAGAUGAUCGUGGACUUCAGGAAACAGCAGAGGAAGCACCCCCCUAUCCACAUUGAUGGGACAGUAGUGGAGAAGAUGGAAAGUUCCUCUGCGUACAUAUAACUGACAAACUGAAAUGGUCCACCCACACAGACAGUGUGGCGAAGAAGGUGCAACACCGCCUCUCAGGAGGCUUAAGAAAUUUGGCUUGUCACCUAAAACCCUCACAAACUUUUACAGAU